CUACAUGGUACUCAUGGAGUAGAAGCCAGUACACAGAUCACACACAUUGGGAUCCUUACAACCCCACAAAUCCUGACCGUCCAAUGUAACAGCGAAAUAUUCUCACUUGACUACACGUGCUUUCUAUCCUUUUCCUUCCCUUAUUAAUCUUUGCUUCCAUGCAUGGAAUUCUCCUCCAACUACAACACAGCCAGGCCAAGAGAGAGAGAAAGUGGAGAUAGGUAGCCCGAUUGAUUCUGACUCUCCUUCAGCUUGGGGGUGUGACCCAUUUCUGCAAAUCUUGAUUUUGCCUUGCAAACCCCUUUUGAUUUUGGGAAGGUUUGGUUUGAGAGCGUGUAGAUAUGGGGAAUUCUGAAGGGCUCUUUUUGGUGGGUUGGAUCUUGUACUUUACAAAACUGUCACAUCCCAAUAGUUGAUUCUCGUCUGGGAGUUGUGCAAAGAGGGAAACUUUAUGAUCUGUUUUGAGUCCUGCUUGCCAGAUUUGAGGUUUUGGAUCCGGGUCUGUUUCUGGGUUCCUCUGUUUCUUCGCCAUUUGGGUCUUGUAGGUCAAGAAAUGUAGCAUUGUUUGGGAGGCUUGAGCUCGCAUUGGGUUCUCUGAUCUGGGUUCUUGUUUACUGGGUGAGUUUGGUUUUGAACUCUCGUUGAUUGAGUCCAUCUAUGGAGGAGGAAGAUCAGAAGACGAAGCAUGUGUGCAAGCUCUGCAACAAGAGGUACCCUUCUGGGAAGUCCUUGGGGGGUCACAUGAGGUCUCAUAUGAUUGGGAAUUCAGCUGAAGCUGCAGAGAGAAAGAAAAUUUCAUCUUUGAAUGGUGGGAGAAGCAGCAAGAAGGAGUCAGGGUUUGAAGGUGGUGGGCAUUCUGCAUACGGUCUCAGAGAGAACCCUAAGAAAACAUGGAGGCUGGCUAAUUCAAGGAGUGGUUCACAGCAAGAGAAUGUUUGUAAAGAAUGUGGUAAAGUGUUUCAGUCUUUGAAAGCUCUUUGUGGUCACAUGGCUUGUCACUCUGAGAAGGAGAGACUUUCAAGCAAUUUGGAAGAUCAUUCUUGGACCAAUGCUAGCCAGAAACCAGUAAUGGAUAGGCGAAAGAGGUCGAAAAGGACGAAUUUUAACAGGACUCUUGCUGUUUACCCUUCUCCAUCUGUUUCUGACACUGAGCAAGAGCAGCAAGAGUUGGCUAUUUGUUUGAUGAUGCUGUCUAGGGAUUCUGGGCAUUGGGGUGGUUUGAAUUCGCUUGUGUAUUCUUCAGACAACAAUUCUGUGGUCUUAGAGGCCAAAUCAUCCUCUAUUGAUAUGAGAAUUAGUAGGGGAGAAGAUAUGAAUUGUGUUUCUGAUGGUGAUGAGAUUGUGGAGAAGAAGAAAUUAGGGGAUGGGAAGUCAAAAUCUGCUGUUUUGGACUCUGAGGCUGGUCCGUUUGAGAAUUCUGAUUCUGGGUAUUUUAUGAAUGGAGCCCAGAGGGUUGAAUCAGAUGUUUCUGUGGAUGGGAUUUUCAGGAAUGUUGAAUCUCUGGAGCUUAAACUGGAAGAUGGAUCUGGGUUUGAUGUGUUUGGUGCUGAAUCUGGGAAGGGUUUAAAGAGACUCAAAUGUAUGAAAGCUGGAUUGGGGAAGGAUUUGAAGAGACCCAAAUGUGUGAAAACUGAAUUGGGAAAGGGUCUGCUCAAACAAGAAGGAUAUGAUCGAGUGAAUAGAGCUUCAGUGGAGUACGAUUUGAGUAAGAGAAAGAAUGAUUCUUACUCAGAAGAGAAUGUUCGGAAGAGAAGCAAGUAUCAAUGUCUGACUUGUAACAAGACCUUUCACUCUCACCAGGCUCUUGGGGGUCACAGAGCCAACCAUAAAAGGGUGGAAGGAUGCAAUUCAUCGAACUAUGAGAGCAUUGAGAACAGCAUAGAGACUGAUACUUGCCCUGGCCCUACACCCCAUAAGAAGCUAGCUCGAUUUGGCAGUGGAAAAACCCCAAUUGCUCAGGAUUUGUCUGGCAAAGCUGAGAAAAAGAUCGGGUCAAGGAAAAGCAAUGGGCACAUGUGCCCAAUCUGCUUCAAAAUUUUCCGAUCAGGACAAGCUUUAGGUGGUCAUAAGAAGUCCCAUUUUGUAGGAGUUUGUGAAGACGAAAACAGUAGGACUUUAGUAAUCAAGCAAGAGCCUCUUGAGAUUCCUGGUCUCAUUGAUCUUAAUCUUCCUGCUCCUAUUGAGGAAGAAGCUAAUGAGCAUGUUGGGUUCAUGAUAUCAUAGGUUGCUUGCAGACAGCAGCUAGCAGCUAUCAUGAGUUGCUGGUGGGUCUGAUUUGUGACUGAAUUUUUUGGUGGAUAUGGUUCCAUGGAGAUGCAAGAGUGUACAGUCAAGUUCCUUGAUGUUUUUUUAUUUCUAUUUUCUCCCCAGAUCCAAGAAUGUCUUCCAGAGGUAACUUCUCCAUCUGCUGAUCCUACUGCAAGAAGCAGUUUUGCUUGCCCUUGGAAAUUAUUCUUUGUUUCCAUCUUUUGUUCAGGAAUUUCAAGUUCUUUUGACGUGUUCCACCCUGAAACUUGAUGUGAUAACUGAGCUUUUAUGUUUCGUCUCAAAUACAACAUUUUUAAGGAAUUGAGCAGCCUUGUGAAGACACUGAAUUAGGGCAUCUAUAUUGUGCAGGCUCUGUUUAUAUUGCAGUUUCAAGGAACAAGGGCUUCUAGUUUCACUUUUAGUCCCUUUUUUCAAUUCAAUCUUUUAUGUGUUUCUAAGUUUGUGUGUGACUAUUGAAGUGUUUUUCUCA